AUGGCUGCUUUUCCAAUUUGUACCUUCAUUAUCCUAUUGCACUUUGGCACAUUACUCAUCAUCCCUGCUCAGAGCUAUCUACUACAGCCCUGUGAGCCUGUCAAUGAGACUGUGUCUGUGGAGAAGGAAGGCUGCCCAAAAUGCCUAGUGUUUCAGACCACUAUUUGCAGUGGACAUUGCCUCACCAAGGAGCCGGUGUACAAGAGCCCAUUCUCCACCAUCUAUCAGCAUGUGUGCACCUAUAGGGAUGUUCGCUAUGAAAUUGUUCGCCUGCCUGACUGUCCCCCUGGUGUUGACCCUCAUGUCACAUAUCCUGUAGCUCUCAGCUGUGACUGCAGCCUGUGCACCAUGGACACCUCUGACUGUACCAUUGAAAGCCUAAAGCCAGAUUUCUGCAUGACGCAGAGAGAGUUCAUUGUCGACUACUAAACAUCAAUCAGCAUGUGUUUAU